GUUUCUAUCCAGUCGUUGGAUGGAAGAUAGGGGACGAAGUGACUUACUUGGCUGAGGGAAGUGCUUAUGAUGCUGGUACAGUAGUGUUCUGGGGCCAAAAAAUAGGCUUGUAUGAUGAUGUUUCCCAAACGAGCGAUUUAGCUAAAUCGGUACUAGAUUCAGAUGGAGUUUAUUUUGUACCAGCAUUCAGUGAACUUCAAGCUCCUGUAAAUGACUCCCUAGCAGGCUAUAGUUUUAUUGGAUUAACAAACAGAAGUACAAGAGCUCACAUGGCUAGGGCUUUGUUGGAAUCCUUAGCAUUUAGAAUCAAACAGAUGUAUGAAGCAAUUUUAGAAGGAGCAAACUUUCAGCUUAACUACUUACGAAUUGAUGGUGGGGUUUCCAACAAUGACUUUUUGGUACAGUUGGUAGCUGAUUUAACAGAGCAUCCUGUGAAUCGACCUAAACAACGAGACAUGUCAUGCUUAGGGGCUGCAUUUCUAGCAGGGCUAGCAGUCGGUGUUUGGAACUCCUUAGAAGAAUUAGAACAUCUGCGUUAUGAAGACCGGGUUUUCUCACCUUGUGAGAAUUGGAAAAAUGAGUACAAAGAAGUUAUUUUAAACUGGGAAAGGGCUGUUCAUAGAUGUCUCUCCUGGUACAAGGAAAAAAUGUAGCACUUUAAGUAUGAAGAUACCUUCCUGAAAUCAUUAUAAACAUUUAUAACACAAAGAAAAAGGUCAUUGCAGAUAUAGUAAGCUUUUUUACUGCAUGUAUUGUGAGACAAAACUGAGGUUUAAUGUAGAUUUUGAUUAAAGCAUGUAUAAUCUAUAAAUUUCGGUCAAAAAUGUGACAAUUCUGAAGAAUUGGUUUAUAAUAACUACAAAAUGAUGCCGAAUAAAGGAAUAUUCUUAAUUUGGUUGCAAUCUAGUACAGAGCAUAGAGAGAGUGUUACUGCAAAAUGUAGGAAUUUGAAUGCAUUUUAAGUUUGGUUUUUGCAUUCAGAGAUAAAUAAUCUUGUAUAUUUGUGUCACAGUUAAAAAUGUUUAUUAUACAAGUUACUUUUUUAAUAAGUUUCAUCCUAAAUCUUCAAUUUCAAAUUGUCUUUGAUAUUCAAACAAUCAUGUUUUUUGUCAAGGCAUAACCCACAGAGAGUAGCGACAGUCUUUAAGUGGUUGAUUGAAAUUAAACUAUAGCAUUAUGGAUGUUGCACACGAGCAUGACAUUUGGGAAGGAAUAAGAAUCGCAUCCAUUCAGUGUUUGCUUAUGUAGUUUGAAAUGAUAAAUCUAUUCACUUUGAUCUGCCAUAAGUUUUAAAUGAUUUUGACUGGUUUAUAUGUGUGCAGUCAUGAAAGAAUGUUGAAGGUAAAAACUAUUUUCUUUCUUUAUUUUUAUGAACUCAUUUAAUAAAUUUAAUAAUACAUUUGUUUUCUCAAUUUACCUGGGUGUUGUAGAAUUAGGAAUUGUUUUCAGUGUGAGUAACUUAUACUGAUGUUUGUUUUUAACUAAUUGCUGUUUUUUAAUCUAAUGUGAUGGGUCUCGUCAGAAUCAAACACUCCUACAUGAAAAGUAAUUGUGAUGUACGCUUCUUUUGAACUUUAUUUUUAUGAAAAAAAAAAGUUGAAAUGUGUAAUAUACUUCUUUUUUGAUUAAGAAUGUUGUUUUUGUUAAAAUGUGCACAUGUCAAAGUAAAAUGCUUUUUGAGAAUAACAUAAAUACUUUAAUAUGAAAUUUUUGUUCCUGUUUUCAUAACCUAUAGCUUAAUAAACUGCUGAACAACUUCAGCUUCUCUUGUGCUCUUAAAAUAAAUCCUAUGGAACGAUGUUUCACUUCCUCAGUUUGUGAAAAAUAGAAAGAUGAAAAAUGGGUACAUUAAAAGACUUAUACAAUAUUGCUUUUUUUUGCAUUUGUUCACCUAAAGAAAUAGAAAGUGAAAUAAGUUAUAUUUCAGCCUGUUUUAAAAGUUCUAAGUUUUUCAAAAAGUCUCUUAAGUCGCUAUCAGACGUAAGCCAAAAAACAUAAAUUACAAAAAAAAAACGGGUAUUG